AUGCCUGCCACUAACACCACCACCUCCUCCACCACCAAAGCCCCUUCCAAGGCUCAGGCGAAGAACAAAGGAAAGGGUAACGGCGGCGCCUCCUCGUCCUCGUCCUCGUCCUCGAAGGUGUUUGCCAACUGCAAGAUCAGCCUCGCGGGGACGCUGGGCGGGGACUGGACGUGCGCGAACGUCGCGCGCUGGACGGCCUACAGCGGCGGCGAGUUCGGCAACGGCGUCGGCGACAAAAAGGUCACCCACGUCCUCGCCACCCCGGGCCAGUACAACGCCAGGCUGCCCACCGUUAAGAAGGCGCUCAAGACCGGCGCGUACGUCGUGACGAAGGAUUGGUUCGAGGACUCGCUUGCUAAGAAGCGACGACUGAACGAGUUGGACUACUCGCUCAAAAACGCCGACAUCAAGGCCAACGCCAAGAAGGCGCUCGAUGCCAAGAUACAAAAGGGCAUCGAAGAAGGCAAGACCUUCGUAAACACAAAUCUCUACCACGUCUAUCGAGACAAGACGUUUUUCCGCUACGAGAUCACCCUGACUCGGGACGACGAGGAGACUGGCAACGUCGGCCAGAAGUACCAGCUUUUCCUCUGGGAAUCCAACGCCUGGCCCCACCUAUACGUAUUCGCGGCCAAGUACUACAAGAAGCCGCGCGACAACCGCCCGACCGUCUACCGCCCGCGCGAGGACCCCGUCGAGAUGGGCCGCGCCCUGGCCGACUUCAAGCGCUUCUUCUACCAGAAGACCGGCCUGUGCUGGGACGACCGCAUCGCCGGCGCGGGCACCACCGAGAAGAGCAAGUUCCAGUACAAGCCUCCCAAUCAGACGGGAGGAAAGCCCGUCGGCGUCCUUAAACCUCGACUCCAGACCCCUACGUCAGCCUCGCCUAUCGCGGCGCCGGGUGUCCAGGGGACAGCACUUGUCGGGCCCACCGGCCGCAAGCGCAAGGAGUCUCCUGUCCCGGACCCGAGCAGCAGCGGUAGGGGGAAGCGGGCGUGUACGGAGAAGGAGAAGGAAGAUGCCCGCAAGACUGCCACGGCGCUUCCCGAAAAGCCCGCUGGCCGCAAGCGGAAGGGGUCUUUGGACUCUUUCCAGAGCAGCGGCGGCGGGAAGCGCCUGUGCGUAGAGAAAGCGAAGGAGAGGGAGGUGGUGGUGGAGGAGGAGAAGGAAAAAGCGGCUCAACAGCAGGCGUCUGCCCCGGACCAGCCCGUCCACCGCAGCAACCAUAAUAAGGGCCAGAGUCCCGUGGAGUCCGUCCGGAACAGCAAGAGCAGUGCCAGCGAGAAGCGGCUGCGUAGUCAAAAGGAGGACGAGGAAGCGGAGACGAAGGCAAAGACGAAGACAAAGCUGAAGGAGAGAGAGGGAGAGGAGGGAAAGGAAGAGAAGAGGGAGGAGGAGGAGGGAGACAAAAAGCCGGACACCCGUCCCAAGUGUCCCCCCGAACUCGCCAAUGUGCUCCGCGCCCAGCGCUACUACAGGCGGAAGGCGGCGGAGGCGGCAGCAGUAGCUCGUGCCCUGCAGGAGCGCGAGCUUGCUGGCGCCACCACCGCCGAGCGUGGAGAGCGGGCGGGGGAGGGGGGAGUCUAG